AUGUCCAUUCCUGUUUUUAGUACAUCUUCUGAUUAUAUCCCAGCUGCUUUGAAAAAGGUCCCAUCCAUUCUCGAAAAGUUUACUAAAGUCUAUAAUGUUAAACCAGACUUUGUUGCUAGAUCUCCUGGUAGAGUUAAUUUAAUUGGUGAACAUAUCGAUUAUUGCGAUUUCUCCGUCCUACCAUUGGCUAUUGAUGUCGAUAUGAUUUUAGGUAUUAAAGUUUUAAGCAAUGAAUCUUCCAUUACCUUAACUAACGAUGAUGAAAGAUUCGCUCAAAGAAAAUUCGACAUGCCAUUAGAUGGUUCUUAUGUUGAGAUUGAUGCUUCUGUGUCAGAUUGGUCUAACUACUUCAAAUGUGGUUUACAUGUCGCACAUGAAUACUUAAAAGAAAAGGUUCCAGAAAAGUAUGCCAACAGUCCAUUAACUGGUUUACAGGUAUUUUGCCAAGGUAAUGUUCCAACUGGUAGUGGUUUAUCAUCAUCAGCUGCUUUUAUUUGUGCUGUAGCCUUAGCUGUCGUUAGAGCUAACCUAGGUAAGGACUACCACAUGUCAAAACAAGAUUUAAUGAAAAUUACUGUUGUCGCAGAACAUUAUGUAGGCGUGAACAAUGGUGGUAUGGAUCAAGCUGCAUCUGUCUGUGGUGAAGAAAACCAUGCUUUAUACGUUGAAUUCAAGCCAGAAUUGAAAGCUACUUCAUUCAAGUUCCCAAAGAUGAAAAACAAUGCUGUUGAAUUCGUUAUUGCUAAUACUUUAGUUGUGUCUAACAAAUUCGAGACUGCUCCAACGAAUUACAACUUGAGAGUCGUAGAAGUAACUGUUGCUGCAAAUGUGUUAGCUGCCAAGUACGGCGUCUCUUUAAACUCCAAACAAGGUGAUGGUUUAAGCAAGGGUAAUUUAAGAGAUUUCAUGAAUGCUUACUACGCAACCUACCAAAACAUCACCACUCCAUGGAAUGGUGAUGUCGAUUCCGGUAUCGAACGUUUGAGUAAGAUGAUUGAUUUAGUUGAUGAAUGUUUUGGUUCAAAGAAGAACGGUUACACUGUUGACGAAGCUGCUGGUGCUUUGAACACUUCCAAAGAAGAGUUUACAUCUACUUAUCUAACUACUUUCCCAGUUAGAUUCCAAGUUUUAAAGUUAUACCAAAGAGCUAGACAUGUUUACUCCGAAUCAUUAAGAGUUUUAAAAGCUUUGAAGUUAAUGACAUCUGGCUCUUUUGAAUCCGAUGAAGAUUUCUUCAAGAGUUUUGGUUCCUUAAUGAACAGCUCUCAAGAAUCUUGUGACAAAUUAUACGAGUGUUCCUGUCCAGAAACUGACAAAAUUUGUGAGAUUGCUUUAGCUAAUGGUUCUUACGGUUCUCGUUUAACUGGUGCUGGUUGGGGUGGUUGUACCGUCCAUUUAGUUCCAGCUGGUGAAUCAGUUGAAAAUGUCAAGAAAGCUUUGAUUGAACAAUACUACAAGGUUCAAUUUCCAUCUAUUACUGCUGCUGAGAUUGAUGAAGCCAUAAUUGUUUCUAAACCAACUAUUGGUUCAUGUCUUUACGAACUAUAA